CCGGCCUCGGCUCGGUUCGGCUGGGCUGGGUCCCUCCACCCGGCAACCCUUUCCCCAGGCAACCUGCUGUGGGGCGGGGCGGGGGUCGGGCCGUGGGCCCCCAGGGGAGAAGGAGAGCAAGGAGACGACUCCCCCAAGGGCCAUUCCCCCUCCUCUGCCAGGCCCGGGAAAGAGCCCCUUGACUUGGCGCCUCAGCCAGGCCCUGGUCAGGGGACACGACUUGGCCAGGCCCAGGGGAUCCUCCAGGUCUCACGCCAAACCCUGCCCCCAGCCAGGAAGCCCGCGGUGAUUGGGCUGCUGGAUGUGUUCACUCCUGAUGAGACCCUGGAUGACUUCACAGACUUUUACCUGGUGAUGCCAUUCAUGGGCACCGACCUGGGCAAGCUCAUGAAACAUGAGAAGCUGGGCGAGGACCGGAUCCAGUUCCUCGUGUACCAGAUGCUGAAGGGGCUGAGGUAUAUCCAUGCUGCCGGCAUCAUCCACAGAGACCUGAAGCCUGGCAACCUGGCUGUGAACGAAGACUGUGAGCUGAAGAUCCUGGACUUUGGCCUGGCCAGGCAGGCAGACAGCGAGAUGACUGGCUAUGUGGUGACCCGGUGGUACCGGGCACCCGAGGUCAUCUUGAAUUGGAUGCGAUACACGCAGACGGUGGACAUCUGGUCUGUGGGGUGCAUCAUGGCGGAGAUGAUCACAGGCAAGACACUGUUCAAGGGCAGCGACCACCUGGACCAGCUGAAGGAGAUCAUGAAAGUGACAGGGACGCCUCCAGCUGAGUUUGUGCAGCGGCUGCAGAGUGAUGAGGCCAAGAACUACAUGAAGGGCCUCCCUGAGUUGGAGAAGAAGGAUUUUGCCUCCAUCCUGACCAAUGCAAGCCCUCUGGCUGUGAACCUCCUGGAGAAGAUGCUGGUGCUGGAUGCGGAGCAGCGGGUGACGGCAGCUGAGGCACUGGCCCAUCCCUACUUCGAGUCCCUGCACGACACGGAAGAUGAGCCCCAGGUCCAGAAGUAUGACGACUCCUUUGAUGACGUGGACCGCACGCUGGAUGAAUGGAAGCGUGUUACUUACAAAGAGGUGCUCAGCUUCAAGCCUCCCCGGCAGCUGGGAGCCAGGGUCUCCAAGGAGACGGCUCUGUGAAGAUCUCUGAGCUCCAGGGUGGCAGUGAGGACCACCUUCACCUUCCACCUGAGAGGGGACCCUCGUUGCCACCUUGACCUUGGUUGGGGCUUGCAUCCCAAGGCAUCCGUCGGAGCAGACUCCUGGGUUCCAUGGACCCUCCUCCCCAUGCCCGUGCCUCUGCUCUUGGGUGCCCAUCCUGGAGGAGCACCUGAACUUUCUGGACAGGACCUCUGGCCGACCUGGGGAUGGCCUCUGAUGCCUGGAGCCGGGGCCCCCUUGCCCGGUGCCCUCAGAAACCUCGGAGCUGGUGGGGCUCCAGGUCAGGCCCUGGCCUCUGAGCCCUGCCUGCUCUGGGCCAUGCAGAGGAAGAACAGAGGGUGGGCGCAGGGCACCAACUCAGGGACAUCCCUUCUCCUGGGCGACGUCAGUGGACCUUCCUGCACCCCCUGCCUGGAAUGUAAAUCAACUGUGUGGCGCCCACGUGGCUGGAACGAAAUAGACCCUUUUGUGGCUCC